AUGCCCCGGAGCCCCCGGACCGCGCCGAGCUGGGCGCUGUUGCUGCGGCUGCUGGCCUUGCUGCGGCCCCCAGGGCCGGGCGAGGCGUGCAGCUGCGCCCCUGCGCACCCCCAGCAGCACGUAUGCCACUCGGCGCUGGUGAUCCGUGCAAAAAUCUCUAGUGAGAAGGUAGUUCCUGCCAGUGCAGAUCCAGCUGACACUCAGAGAAUGAUCCGGUAUGAAAUCAAACAGAUAAAGAUGUUUAAAGGGUUUGAGAAAAUCAAGGAUGUUCAGUACAUCUAUACACCUUUUGACUCUUCUCUCUGUGGUGUGAAGUUAGAAGCCAACAGCCAGAAGCAGUAUCUCUUGACUGGGCAGGUCCUCAGUGAUGGAAAAGUCUUCAUUCAUUUGUGCAACUACAUCGAGCCCUGGGAGGAUCUGUCCUUGGUGCAGAGGGAAAGCCUGAAUCAUCACUACCAUCUGAACUGUGUCUGCCAAAUCACCACCUGCUAUACAGUGCCUUGUACCAUCUCGGCCCCCAACGAGUGCCUCUGGACAGACUGGCUGCUGGAACGGAAGCUCUACGGGUACCAGGCCCAGCAUUAUGUCUGCAUGAAGCAUGCUGACGGCACCUGCAGCUGGUACCAGGGCCGCUUGCCACUCAGGAAGGAGUUUGUUGACAUCAUCCAGCCCUAG